AGUGUAAUUUAGUAAUUUAUAAGAAUAGUUCAAAAUGGGUGCGGUUAAAAUAACUCUGGUGUUAACAAUUUCUGUGUGUUUUAAGUUUUGUGAAGCUCAGAUGUUGAGGACGGAAGCGUACGCUACUGUGCCUCAACUAAUAACUAAAGCAGGCUACCCUGCAGAGAGACAUCGUGCAUACACAACAGAUGGUUACAUCCUGCAGCUCCAUAGGAUACCCGCGGGUACACGCUCCCCGAGACGAUCUGGUGCCACAGCUAAAGGCAAAAAGGCAGUGCUUAUAGUCCAUGGUCUUUUGGGCAGUAGCAGCGACUUCGUAAUUAUGGGGCCAGAACGAAGCCUUGCAUUUAUCUUAGCAGAUGCAGGAUACGAUGUUUGGUUAGGAAACCUUCGAGGGAAUCUGCAUACUAUACACCAGAGUAUGAACAGGAGUGAUCCUCAAUUCUGGGAAUUCAGCUUCCACGAGCACGGCAAAUAUGACGCACCAGCUAUGAUAGAUCGUAUUCUGAACAUCACUGGACUAUCAAAGUUGCUUUAUGUCGGCUAUUCCAUGGGCACAACUACUUUCUUCACCAUGAUGUCGGAAAGACCAGAAUACAACAGCAAGAUUAUCGCUUUCGUUGGUCUCGCCCCUGCAGUCUAUUUGGAUAAUGUUAAAGAUUUCGCGUUAUUAACGUUGAAGACUAUGGAUAUAGUGAACGUGAUGCGUUCGCGCGGAAUGAUAUCGGCAACAGUUGCUCCGGAGCUGAUGCAAUGGAUGGUUGGCAGCAUGUGCGGUGCGCGGACUCCUCAGGAAGACGUCUGUUUGCGAAUGACUUAUGCUAUAGUUGGAGAAGAUUACGAGCAGACCGAUUGGACUAUGUCACAAACAAUAUUGUCAAGAUUCCAGCCCGCGUCCUGGCGACAAUUGGAACAUUUCGGAAAAAUUGCCAUAACUGGAGUAUUCACUUCUUGGGAAGACGGCUUGUGGGGUAAAGUGAAGACAUACAACUUAACCAACGUAAAAGUACCAGUAACUCUAUUGUAUGGAAAGAACGACCAGUUGACACAAACAUCGCAAAUAAUGCGGCUCGCUGAUCAACUAAACGAGACUGGAGUCCUAGAAGACAUCAGACCUGGCUGCUCGUGGCCCAAGUUUAAUCACCUGGACUUUGUUUUCGCUAAAGAUGUCGGAACAUUGCUAAAUAAACCUCUAGUAAAGCAUAUAAACAAGUUGUACAAUAAAUAUGGGAUAUAAUGUCUUUUUUAUUUUAAUAUGCCUAAUAUUGGAUCGCUUGGCUUAU